AUGUCUCGCGGACGGGGUGGAGGUGCUGGAAGAGGCUCUGGACGUGGGAGAGGAGGAUCCAAUGCGCUCCCAGCGGGGUUUUCAUUUGAGGAUAUGCUAGCGGCAUCACAGGCUCGAGAGCCGGCGCCAUUGUAUCCUGCUUACGAUGACCUCCCGGCGCUCACAAAUGUCACUGAAAAGGAGCGGUUGGUCUGCAAGUAUCAAGAUGGAUUUGCCGAACGUUUUCGCAAAUCUCCCUACUAUCUCAUUGAUACAAGUAAAGCCGACAAGACGAAUCGCGUUGCGCGCUACUCGGAUCGUUACAAUAUUACAACUGUGAAGCAUCCAACCCUCGAUGCAUCAAAUUUGGACCGAAAGAUGUUCCCAAAAGCGAUCUGGGAUCAAUACUUUGAAGGCCGAGACGCUCCAAAGCAGAAGACCAAGAGGCGGCCAAAGAUGACAGCCAAGCUAAACUUGGAUGCAUUGGAGAACCAGGAGCGUGAAGAAGGUGACGAAGAAGACAAGCCCGCAGAGGCGUUUGAAGAGGGCGAAGAAACGGGGGACUACGACGACGACCAAGAAGAGUAUGGCGACGACGAUUACGUCCAAAACUACUUUGACGACGAUGAGCGAUAUGCAGACGACGACGUUGGCGGUGAGGACGAAGGUGGCGGUGACUGA